AUGACACCGGUACGCAUUGCUGUGGAAGGCUGCGGCCAUGGCAGUUUGAAUGACAUUUAUGAGACUGUGGAUCGUAAAGCCGCUGAGAAAAGCUGGGAAUCUGUUGAUCUUGUCAUUAUCGGUGGUGAUUUCCAGGCUCUGCGUAAUGCCAAUGAUGCGACUUGUCUCUCGGUUCCCGACAAGUUCAAGCAAAUUGGUGAUUUCCAUGAGUACUACAGUGGUGACCGCAUUGCUCCAUAUCUGACACUGUUCAUUGGGGGCAAUCAUGAAGCGAGCAAUCACCUUUCCGAGCUCUAUUAUGGCGGUUGGGUGGCCCCCAACAUCUACUUCAUGGGCGCAGCGAACAUUCUUCGCUUUGGACCUCUCCGAAUCUCGGGCAUGUCGGGCAUCUGGAAGGGUUACGACUAUCGGAAGACCCACUACGAACGAUUGCCCUACAACAGAGAUGAUGUUUCUUCCAUCUACCAUAUCCGGGAGCUGGAUGUCCGCAAGUUGCUACAAGUGCGCACCCAGAUCGACAUCGGCCUGUCCCAUGAUUGGCCAAAGGGGGUCGAGAAGCUUGGAGAUUACGGAACCCUGUUUCGCAAGAAGUCAGGCUUCAAAGCCGAUUCUGAUGCAGGAAAGCUCGGAAGUGUCGCUGCACGUGAAGCCCUCAAUCAUCUGCGUCCUGCUUAUUGGCUCUCGGCCCACCUUCACGUGCGUUACACUGCAAAGGUGCCCCAUAGUCCACCUCCUAUGAAGUCCAAGGCAUUGAGUCCCCACGGUCCUCACGCUGUCGACACAAACCAUGCCGCUCCGACUCCACGAAGCGACCUCAACACAAGCGCCCUUGCUGGUCACCAAUUACUUGGUACUGCCACCGGAGACGAACAGGCUCGCAUCAAGGCUUGGAAUGACUUCGGAGGUCACGCCCGACGGGCUGAGAAGGAGAAGCGAGACCAAGACGAAUUUAUGCGUAUGGUCAGAGCGAGAAACCCGCAACCUCCGCGGAACAUUACCUUCAACGAAACUGCCAAGAUUGGCGCCGGUCCCAUUCAAAAGUUCGUACGUGGUGCUGAUGGAGAAAGAAUUGAAUCCGCGGCAGGCGAUGAUGAAAAGAUCGAAAGCAUCGACAAUGUCAGCCAGGAAAAGAGCCCCUUGAAUGCCUCUUCCGAGCAGGUGGCUACCGAGCAUGGAUAUUCGUCCUCAGUUGAGACGACCAAAGAUGUCAAAAUGACCAAGAAUGUCAAGGCCGACGAUGAGGUCGCCGACAAUAUUGACAGGAUCAGUAUCUCUACCAGCCCUAGCAGCGCGGCGAGCGUGCAGUCUCCUUUAGUUGAGAAGGCUCUUCCGAAAGCCAACAUUUCUCUGAAUUGGGCAGAUAAUCGCACUCCUGAUCCCUGGUGGACCGAUGGUGCGGAUGAUCGAGUUGGGGAAGUUGAAACUGAACUCCCGAGCAGCCUUGGACAGCCGUGUCUACCCAAGGCUGACGCAAGUCGCACGGAUUUCGAGCGCCUUCCACCUCCCGAGGAGAUCAAGAACGUCAUCACCCAGUUCUUGACAUUAGACAAGCCACAUAACCACGAUGCCUUUGUCGAACUCCUGGAGAUUGAGCCAAUCUCCAAGCAGGAUGAUGCCGCGGCGGAGUCUGCCCUACGACUCAAGUAUGACCAGGAGUGGCUGGCGAUUACCCGUGUGUUUGCUGAUGAGCUUGAGUUUGGUGGAGACCCCAAAGGCAGUGUCCCUGCUCAUAAGGGACAUGAGUACUACCAGCAACGGAUCGCCGAAGAAGAGAAAUGGGUACUCAAGAACGUUGUGGACGCUGGGUUGUUGAACAUCCCAACUGACUUCGCCACGACCGCCCCUGUGUAUGACCCAUGUGUUUCAAUCAACACACAUGAGCAACCAAAGGAGUACACCAACCCGCAGACCUCUGCCUUCUGCAGUCUGGUUGGCAUCGAAAACAAGUUUGACAUGAGCGAGGAAGAACGUCAGGCUCGCAUGGAAGCCGGCCCACGCCCUGAAGAACCUCGUCAGCACUUCCGGGGCAACCGUGGUGGACGAGGCGGCCGUGGUGGACGCGGUCGUGGGGGACGCGGUCGUGGCGGACGUGGUCCUGGGCGCGGUGGCUACAGUGGUCGUGAUGGCCGUGGCAGCUCAGGCCCCUUGGCCCAGGGCGAUGCCUGGUAA